AACGUCAUGAUUUCAAAGCGAUAGGAGGCGUCAAAGUUUCUGUCAAACCAAACAACAUUUCUCAGUUUUUCAUUCCCUUUCUCUCAGCUCUCAAAAAUAGAAAAAAUGCCCCCUUUUCUUUUUAGAACCAAAUGAAAUUUACUUACAGUGUUCCAAAAAGUUAAAUUUUUUUUAUUGCAAUUUAAUUUCUAAUACUAACACCGAACGCACAAAGCAAAAGCACUGUUAGCGUUGGUGUUGGAGAAGAGUUUGUUUCUCUCUCUUCUUUCUACUUUCUGCUACAACACGACGACACACUCCGUGCUGGCAAAGAUUCCUUCAUUCUCUUCCUUCCUUUCUCUUACCCUAAAAUUUUCCCCACCAACAUUCACUUUUAACAUGUUUUCUGUUUUCUUCAUCUAAAAACCACUUCCUUUUUUCUUCAAUUAUUAGGAGGGGUUAUUAUGGGAUGUUCUAGUUCAAAGUUAGAUGAUCUUCCGGCAGUUGCUCUUUGUCGGGAAAGAUGUGCCUUUUUAGACGAAGCGAUUCGACAACGUUUUGCUCUAGCCGAAGCUCAUGUUGCUUACACUGCGUCUUUAAAGUCAUUUGGUCAGUCUUUGAAUAAUUUCGUGGAGCAUGAUUUUGGAACUUCUUCAGGGGCGCUACCUCCUCCUCCUCCGUCGCCCAAUAAACUUAAAAGCAAAGCCGUGGAUCCAAUUGCCGUUGGCCCAAGUUCUCCCAAGAAAGGUCAUCACCAUUCCCAUUCCAAUUCUGGUUCUCAUCUUCACUUCCAUUCCGAUUCGGAUGAAGAUGACUCCGGCGGCUCUUUGCACCAUUCAGACCAUUCUUCGCCUUUGCACGACGAUGGUGGGGGUCAUAUAGAGUAUAUGCACCCAAACUAUCCCAAUUAUGGACCUCUUGAAUCUGGGUCUUUUCCCGGCGGAUUUAUGCAUAUGAAUUUUAUGAGGAAGCAACCAACACCUUCGAUUGUUUAUGAACAAAGGCCUAUGAAUCCGGAGACUGUUUAUAUGGGUGAAUCUUCAUCUUCUUCUUAUUAUCCUCACUCUUAUAUGAGUAACAAUAAUCCUAGUUCUAGUUCAUACCCUUAUCAAGGUUACCCCAAUUACGGUGGUUUUAGUAAUUAUUCUUCUUAUUCGGCGCCUGGUUAUGAGUCUUCACUGCAACCGAUGGCGGGGUCAUCCUCGAAACCACCACCGCCUCCACCUUCGCCUCCGAGACCUUCAGCUUGGGAUUUCUUGAACCCUUUCGAGAGCUAUGAAAGCUAUUAUCCUCCGUUUACGCCGGCUAGGAAUUCAAGAGAAGUUAGAGAAGAGGAAGGGAUCCCUGAGUUGGAAGAUGAGGAUUAUCAACAUGAAGUAGUUAAAGAAGUGCAUGGAGACCAGAAGUUUGUUGAUAGCGGUGGUUAUUCCAAGCCCCCAGUUAAAGAUGAGGAUGGGAAAGUUGCUGCUAGUGAGUCAGAGGCUUCGCUUUAUCAGACACGGCCGAGUGUUGGGAUUGAAAAUGAUAGGGUGGAAUAUGAGGUUCAUGUGGUGGAUAAGAAAGUGGUGGAUGAUGAGAGGGCUGAGGAGCGUGGUACCGGGUCAAGGGGCGCUCCAAAGGAUGUUUUUGAGGUGAUUAGAGAGAUACAGGUUCAGUUUGUGAGAGCUGCCGAGUCGGGGACUGAAAUUGCCAAGCUGCUUGAGGUUGGAACACUUCCUCAUCACCGCAAACAUGUUUCCAAGAUUUUGCAUGUAGUUACUCCUUCGUUAUCUGUAGUACCAUCUCAGCCAUCUACUUCUCAGACUGGCGAGUCUUCUUCGUCUGCUGACAACACUGAUCCAGCUUUUCUAGAAAUCAAUGAAGAAAUGGCCAGGAAAACGAAAAACCUUUCCGCUACUUUGCAGAAGUUGCAUCUUUGGGAAAAGAAGCUCUACAAUGAAGUAAAGGCUGAGGAGAAGAUGCGGGUAGCUUACGACAGGAAAUCUCACAAGUUAAGGCGACUAGAUCAAAGGGGUGCUGAAGCUAAUAAAAUUGAGUCAACCCGGAAUACAAUCAGGGGUCUGUCCACGAAGAUAAGAAUAGCAAUUCAAGUUGUUGACAAGAUAUCUGUGACAAUUAAUAAGAUCAGGGAUGAGGAACUAUGGCCACUGCUAAAUGAACUGAUUGAAGGGUUAGACAGAAUGUGGAAAUCAAUGCUUGAAUGUCAUCGUAAUCAAUGUCAAGUAGUUAGAGAAGCCAAAACUUUAGGUCUCAUUGGAUCUGGCAAAAAACUCAGUGAUGAUCAUCUUAAGGCCACACUGCAGUUCGAGCAUGAACUUAUUAGUUGGACUAUAAGAUUCUCAAGUUGGAUAGAUGCCCAGAAGGGUUAUGUAAGAGGUUUGAAUAAUUGGCUACUAAAAUGUCUUUACUACGAACCAGAAGUAACUGAUGAUGGAGUAGCUCCCUUCUCACCUAGUAGAAUAGGCGCACCACCCAUAUUUGUAAUAUGUAACCAGUGGUCACAAGCAAUGGAUAGGAUAUCAGAAAGGGAGGUGAUCAACUCUAUGCGGGUUUUAGUGACUGGUGUGCUCCAGCUUUGGGAACAAGAUAAGUCAGAAAUGCAUCGGAGGAUGAUGGCCAAUAAGGAUUUAGAGAGGAAGGCUAGGAAUUUGGAUAGAGAGGAUCAGAAGUUGCAGAAAGAUAUCCAAGCAUUAGAUAAGAAAAUUGUUUUGGUCUCUGGAGAUGGUAGCAGUCUCUCGGUAGCUGGAAAUGUUGUAUAUCAGAAUGAGACUAGCAACAGUAGUUUGCAGGGGGGCUUGCAACGCAUAUUUGAGGCAAUGGAAAAGUUCAGUUCCGAGUCCUCCAAAGUCUAUGAGGAACUUUUGCAGCGUGUGAAAGAAAGGAUUGCUGAAGAGCAUGAGAGAGUAUCAUAGGACCCACUAAAACAAAAUGACUAUGGCAUCCCUUGGAACUGAUGAUCAGUUUAGGCAGUCUAUUGCCCUCUCAGAAAUGGAGCUCAAUGUUGGGUUGGAUGGGUCCUGCAAACAUACAACUUGGCUGGUUGCUCUACUGUCAGGGAAGACUUGAUUAUGAAUGAGUUGGAAGAGACAUAAGAUGGGAGCUAACCUUGGAAUUGUUAGAUGAUUCAUCAUCUGCCUUACAGGAGUAGGUUUCGGAUGGGCUUAUGGCAUCGACUGUCAAGCUUGUCAAGAGCCGAAGACAGAUAUUGCAUUUCCAAAAUCUCACUCAAGGUGCAACUCUAGAUAUCCUGUCCAGUCGGCAUGAAGCAGCACCCGUAUCAUUGAAGAAUAUCAGGCAAAGGAAAGCAGAUGGUGUGCCAAACCAUUGGAGUAAGCAGAUUCUCCAUCAGUUUUGUAAGAUGAAGAGUUUUAAAAAUGUAGUUUUUAUGAACAUUUGCAAGUCACUGGAAUACCCAGAAUCAAAUGUUGUAUAAUGCAAUUUGCUUUUACAUUUUUGAAUCAAACUACAUCAGUUUUUUUUUUUUUUUGGUAUAGGAAACCAGUUGACACCCUGCAAAUUGAAAGCAAUGUGAAUAAAAAGAUGGUGUUAAGAGGAAACCAAAAUGAAAUUGUUGAAAGGCAGUUGGGAAUGAAAAGGUGAAUAAUGCAGUAGAAAGAUCCGAGCAAUCAUAAACAUUGUCAGGUCGAUGUGAUGCUACACUUGUGGUGCAAUGUUUUUCAAAAUAAUUGUACCAAAACAAGUACCAGUUUCAAUGGUAAGAAUUUUGACAGCUAACCAAA